AUGGGCUGUAACAAGACCUUCAGCCAAAAUCGCUCCAAAGCAAAACAGGAGUGUCGGGAACAGAUGUCUCAGUCUUUACAAAAAGCACUGGGUAUCUCGGUUGAUCCAGAUCGAGUUCGGCUGAAGACCGAUAAAACUGACGACCCAUAUUACUGGGAUGGACCAGACGAUUGGGCUGAUGUAUUGAGUGAAAACCUGAGUACUCUCUCAAACGCAAACUUGGAAAGCCUCAAGGACAUCGUGAAUAAGGGGAUUAUACAUCCUAGAUGGAAAAGUCAAAGGGGCAACCUGACUGGCGGCGAUAAUACUGAUUUGCCCUAUGAAUUCAAAAUGAAAGAUCUCCAGUCGAUCAAUGGAAAGCAGCAAGAGGAGAUAGCACGUUUGAGAGAACAAUGUGGAGAUGCAGCGAAGAGGAUUUCGGAGGGAGAAAAGAGGGAAAAUGAGCUCCAAAACAAUGUGGAAAAGCUUAUUCAGGAAAAGGAGCAGUUUGAAAAGCAGGUAUCCUAUAUGCAAGACGGACUUCGACAAGCGCAAAUUACUACCGAGCAUUACCGAAUGUGCAAUGUGGAAUGUUAUAGCCGAGCUGCUGAGAUGUUGAAGGUAAUCGAUAGCUCCGGGCUGGGUAGAGUACAAGAUCCAGCUUUCCAGGGCGACACGGGAGACCCGUUCUAUUUUUCAAAUAGCUAG